AUGGGAGACUUCAAAGCUGCGACAGAUCACUUUUUAAAUUGGUUCAAAUCGGUCGGUGGUGAAUUCAGAGAUGACCUCGUCGAAAUUCAAGACUUGAGGUCUCAAGGCGCAGGUAGAGGCAUUGUGGCAACCAAAGAUAUACCGCAAGACUGUACUCUGUUCACGAUUCCCCGGUCUGCGAUUAUCAAUGUUGAAACCUCAGACCUUCCAAAGAAAUUGCCAAAGGUCUUCGAGACUGCAUUCGAAGAAGAGGAGGAAGACACAGAGCCACUCGACCCCUGGGAAUCUUUGAUCUUGAUCCUAUUAUACGAGCACCUGCAAGGUGAUGCGUCUCGCUGGAAGCCUUACCUGGAUGUCCUACCGACCACCUUCGACACGCCCAUGUUCUGGUCAGAAGCUGAACUCAAGGAGCUGAAUGCGACCGUUCUAACGCAAGAGAAGAUUGGAAAGCAAGCCAGUGAUGAAAAACUGCGCUCUCGCAUCGUCCCUGUAGUUUUACAGAACCCUUCGAUCUUUUACCCCGCAGGCAGCAAUCAGCUCAAAGAAGACGAAUUGCUGAGCCUAGCGCAUCGAAUGGGCAGUACAAUCAUGGCAUACGCAUUUGACUUGGAUAACAAAGAAGAUGACUCUGAAGAGGAUGAAGAUGGCUGGGUGGUAGACACUGAUGCGCAAACGAUGCUGGGCAUGGUGCCCAUGGCCGACAUCCUCAAUGCCAACGCUGAUUUCAAUGCCCAUGUCAACCAUGGCGAUAACCUCGAGGUCACAAGCCUUCGCGCUGAUGUCAAGACCGGGACCGAGAUAUUAAACUAUUAUGGAGCCAUGCCCUCAUCCGAGGUGCUGAGACGUUACGGAUAUGUCACACCGGAGUACCGUAGGUACGACGAAGUCGAGGUGUCUCGUGAGACUGUUGCAAAAGCCUUGGCCACCGCUACAGGCAUGUCGCCAUCUGAUCUAACAGCAAUGGGCGUCGAGAUAGACACAGAAGAGAACGAGGAACCUUUCAUCAUCGAGCGGGAGUCGGGCGCACCCAAUGAGGAGGGCCGUCUAGUGGAAGAAGCCAAGCUGAGUGAAUUUCCAGAGCUCGAAGAAGAGCUGAGAGAUGCUUUGAAGAUCAUUAGAAAGCACAAACCGGAAGCAGUCGCAGACAAGCGAAAACGGGAUGAGAUUGCGAACACAGUUCUGAUCCAAAUCCUGAGCGACAAGCUAGCCGAGUUUCCCACAUCAGUACAAGAGGACGAAGCAUUGUUGCAGAAAUCUGACCUCACAAGUCGACACCGUAUGGCUGUUGAGGUCAGGCUGGGAGAGAAAGUGCUUCUUGAAGAAGCUCUCGCCAUGGUGAGAAGAAGGGGUGAGGCAGCUACCCAGGGAGGUGAAGAACGCCCAGCAAAGAGGGUCAAGAGCCGGGCAUAA